AUGUGGAAAAGAAGACGAAGCAAGAUCCUUCCUGUGAACGUGGAAGAAGAGGCAGUGUACGAAUCAAAAGUAGAGGAAGUUGCUGUCAUGGAAGUCUUGGCCCCAUGGGAGGAAGGAGAGACUGUGCCCAGAAUGGUAAUUUAGCCGAACGCAUCUAAUUCGCGCUUUCCAUCUUCCUCCCUCUCAAUUCACUUUCAUCGCAUCGCGAUCUGACAACAUUCACAGGUCAAUAUGCCAGUCACUCCAGUCCCAUGGGGACGGCGGAGAAGAAGCACGUUGGUGAAUUCAUUCUCCACAGACCAGCUUAAAUCUCCUCCUCUGCUCAGAAACAGCCCUUCCCUCUGCAUGGCAAUGCCACCACCUCAGACGCGUAUCCCAACACCAACUGAGGUGAAGGGCAGAGCUCGCGCUCUACGUUACGUUGCUGUCGCAUCUGACAAGAAGGAGGUGAGUACAGAGCUUUCUGGCCUUUGUUGAUCUUCUGUUCCUUGGUCAAUGAGCUGACAGUUACCUAGAACGCUCCGCAAAAGCCCACGCGGUUGAUGGGGCCUAUUUCACCAGCGAAAAGUAGCCAGAACCAACCCACCCAGGGUCUGUCCAAGUCGCGUACCAUGGGCGUAUUCUCAAGCAUAACAUCCAGUUUCUCAAGGUCAAAUUUACACAUGAGCCAUAAUAGUACCAACCGCCAAUCCUCCUCAUCUUCUUUUGCUGGUUCAAGACUCGAUUUAUCUAAAAGUAGAUCAUCUGUCCACCUUCGUAGCACUGCUCCAGCAACUACAGAAGUCUCCAACAUUACUGCAGCAGCAGCACCUUCCACACAUUCCCACUCUCAUUCUCGCAGCUCAUCCAUCAAUAUCAUGUUUACGGAGGAAGAGAAAGUCAAACUCAUCCAUGAUGCUCAACCUUCUGCAUACUGGUGUGGUCGACUAAGCUCUUUGUACAACCAAUAUAGCAACGAGAUGCUCGAAGCCAUAGAAACCGAUCCGGAAAACCUGCAAAUGUAUACUGCGCCAACACCAGUUGGUUUCGUUCCUCCUCGCCUUGCCAAGGACAAGGAUAAACAUAAAUCGAAAGAGGCACAAGCAAAAGCCAAUAACGACCCCCAAGAUCCACUCGACAGCGAACGACUUGCAAGUUCCAUGUUCAUGGCCGAAGCGUCCGAUGAACGAUAUCGACGUGCCUUUGCAACACUACGCGCUUACAGUGUCACGGCAGAGGCCAAGAAGAGCUUGUGGGAUUUUCAGCAGACUUAUGCGAGGAACCAGAGAAAUGAACGUUUCCUACCUGCUGGUGGACACAUGACGGAUGCUUGGUACACGAGACUUACAAAGGGACAUCGAGAUGAUAAGUCGGAACGAGGUACUAGUUUGGGCAUGGGAAGACGAACCGGACUUAGCAUCAGCAGAUUUGGUCGAAGUCGCAAUGAGUUGACUCGGUCAAAUGCACAACGAUGA